AUGGGCCCGGGCCAGGCAGAGCUGCUCAGUCUACUGGGUCAAGUUGCUGGUAAAAAGUCUCUUCUCGUAGACAAGACGCUCUCUCCAUUGAUCUCUUCUCUCGCACCCUUUAGCCUGCUACAAGAGCAUGGCGCCGAAAGCGUACAAUGGCUUGAUGCAACGGCCUUCAGUACCAAAGUGCUUGUUAUCUGUCGGCCUACACUCGAUUGUGCUGCUCAAGUCUGUCGCAUCGCCGCAAUGCCCGGGAAGCAAGUCACACUCAUUCUUGUGCCGCGUCAGACGCUGCAAUUUGAUGAGGCCAUACAAUCAGUCUCUGCUAGCAUCGAUAUUUGCAUCUUGCCUGUUCAUCACUACCAAGUCGAGCAAGACCUAAUCAUGAUUGACGGCGAUCACGUCUACAAUGCAGCAGUCAGCCUCGUUGAAUUGCAACAAGAGUACGGCUUACUACAUCGUCUACUUGGCAAAGGCAUCGCUGCACAACAGCUGGCCAGUCUUCUCACGCAACUGCGAGCAGACGUUGCGAUUGAGCAAAAGCAAGAGAUUGAGCCAGGAACGUUAGGCGACUGCAUCAUGAUGGAUCGUCAAACAGACUUGCUCACGCCCAUGCUCACACAAUUGACGUACGAAGGCCUCUUGCGCGAGACCUUUACACCUGCAGAACUACAAGGCAAAAUGAAUGAUGACAUUUUUUACGAUUUGCGAGGUGACAACUUUUCCAAAGUGGGACCAAAGCUCUCUGGCAAGGCGUCGACUCUUGCUGCUGAUUUCGAUGAACGGCAUGGCGCAAAAACAACAUCGGCCCUCAAGGCGUUCGUUAGCAAGAUUCCGACAUUGCAGGGCUCGCAAAAGCAGCUCAAAACGCAUGUGGAAUUGGCAGAGGCUCUGAUGCAACGGACACGCUCACCAGAAUUUCGGCGCGUGCUUGAGCUUGAGCAAAGCAUUUAUAGUGGUGAGCCAGAAGCCUCCAUUGUCCAGGCCCUCGAAUUGUUGAUUGCUCGACAGGCGCCCUUGCCAGCUGUGUUGCGUCUCCUAUGCUGUUGGAGCCUGGUUCACAAUGGCAUCAAAGCCGCACAGCACGACUUCUUUGUUCAACGCUUAGCACAAGCAUACGGCUAUCAGGUUACUCUGACUGUUCAGCGUCUUGCACAUCAAGGUAUGCUUGUUGUUCGCUCACCUGCAGCCGAUCGUGGUCGUGGCUCUUGGCUCUCCUUCUCCCGAAGCUGGAACUUGCUGACGGACAAUGACGAAGUUGACCUGGGACAAUUGUAUUCUGGGUACAUUCCACUUAGCUUGCGCAUCUUCCAAGGCCUAGUCAACUAUUCGGCGGUCGACAAGUUUGAGACCCUCUACAAGGCUUUGCAUGGACCCUCUGUCAGUAUCAACCAGUCUACGGGCCGUGCGCAUGCAGAAGAUGUCAUGGUUGUGGUGUUUCUUGGAGGCUGCACGGCUACUGAGCUUGCAGGUGUACGGCUGUUGGCGCAUCGUAUGGACAGAGAAGUGCUCAUCUUGACAAGUAAAAUUGUAACGGCGAACGAGAUGCUUGUAUGA